AUGGCCAAACUUGAAGCCAAAGACAGUCAAUUGGAGGCUCUGAUUCAGCUCAAAAAUAAACGGCACGACAUGUUGGAAGAAAAAAUAUCGCGUAUAGAGUUGGCACUUAAGGUUCAUCGUGAAACAAACUCCGAAUCGGCUUCGUUGAAAACAGACGAAGAAAUCAGCCGUCAAGUAGCUGGUAAAAGUGCCAUGCCGCGGACGUGUCAAGAUGCCCGUUCAGCGGAUCCAUCGCUCAGUUCCGGCAUGUACUGGAUUGAUCCCGACGUGCAAGGAGUUGGAGAUGCCCCAAUUCAAGUCUAUUGUGACAUGGCAUCAGGUUCGCCUUCCGUUUUACACAACAGCGAAUCGCCUAUGAACGUGGGCCAUUCUACUGAUCCUGGAUGUUAUUCAAGGGGAGUGAACUACAGCGCAACUAAUAGGCAAAUGGCUGCACUGGUCGAGUUGUCAAGUGAAUGCCACCAAUCAUUUAAAUACGACUGUUAUUUCACAACAUUUGUGUUCGACAACAUCGCCUAUUCCUGGUGGAACAACAAAAACGGCAACGAGAAAUAUUUUUGGGCUGGCAUGAAUACAGACGUUCACACCUGUCAGUGCGGAAUCGACGGAAAUUGCGUGGAAGCUUCUACCAAGUGA